AUGGAAAAUGUCGAGGAACUUUACUUGACAAACGUCACCAAGGCCCUUCACACCAGCGUUUAUCCCACUGUUGACCCUACUCGCCCCGAGCUUUCUCAAGCUGGCAAGACCGUGCUUAUCACCGGCGGCGGAACGGGAAUCGGUCUCGCUAUUGCCCAUGCCUUCGUAAAGGCAUCAGUAUCGACCGUAAUUAUCGUUGGCCGUCGCCCUGAAAAGCUUUCUGAGGCAUCCGAUGAGCUCAAGGCGGCGGCGAAGAAGCUCGGCUUAGACACCUAUAUAAUUGGACAUGCAUGCGAUAUUACCAACCCCAAAAGCAUUGAUGCGCUAUGGGAUGGCUUCAAGGAUAAGGGUGUGGUAGUUGACGUACUUGUAUCAAACGCGGCCAAGUUUUCCGACAAUGUUGGCUCUCUGAUGGAUGUUGGAGCUGAAUAUGUGUGGUCACUAUAUGAGGCAAAUGUCAAGGCACCACUCUUCCUUGCAGAGAAACUCUACAAGCAGGGCGGCGAUAGGUCUAAGGCUUUCAUCAAUGUUGCGACCCAGGCUUCCCACUACUUCGAAGGCAGAUCUGCCGCAGGCCGCUUCCCAUAUGGAAUGACGAAGAAUGCAGGGAGCGUCGUUGCUCAGGUUCUUGCGACGGAAAUUCCGCCAGAGAAGAUGCAAAUUGUCAGUUUUCAUCCAGGACUGAUCUGGAGUAAGGGAUGGGAGCCCACAGCAUAUACUCGAGAAUCGCUUCCUUUUGCCGAUGAUGCUCUUCCAGGUAGCUACGCGGUAUGGGCGGCAUCACCCGAAGCACGCUUCCUGCAUGGUAGGUUCGUCUGGGCUGCCUGGGAUAUCGAGGAGCUAAAGACAGGAGAACUUCGCAAGAGAAUUGACGAGGAUCCAUACUUCCUCAAAUUCAACAUCGUCGGCUUGCGUUUAGGCAACCUGGCCUAA